AUGCUUGUUUUGGUGGACGCGAGCUACAUUCCUCCGCGGUACCAUAUUGUAGAUGCCAAGGCAGACAUUCGGGACCUCGAUGUCGGCGAUGUGGAUGACGUGGAGGUUGACGUGCCCAAGCCCUUCAUAGAUCAUAUGAAGGAGGUCAAGGAGCAGAGGAGCAGACCCAAGAUUGACUUCAACUCUGAGGCAUUUCGAGCAGACCCCACGUCCUUCGCGAGCGGCGGUUCUGGCGUCAACAUGGCCUUUGUAUCCAUGGACUUGAAAUGGGCUGAAGAGCAUGGCAAACAUGGAACCACGGAUUUGGCUCGAAGAUGGACAAGCCUUUUGGAAAACGGAGGCAUCAAAGCACAAAUCUACGACACUGACCCGGGCUCCAUUCUGAUUGUGAAUCAGAAUCCCAUGAACCAGUACAAGAUCAAGCAGUUUGUUCUUGAGCAGCCAGACGUGGACUACUACGAGCUGAGCCAAAAGCGAGACUAUCCGAAUGGGCGUACCAGUCCGUUAGUGCCUGACGACGUUCGUAGACAGCGCACGGCAGAAAUGCCAGGCAGACUGGGAAAGAGGGAGGAACCUGUGCGCAAGCCGGCACAGGGGCGGACUGUUGCAAAGACAGGAAAGGGGUCCAAAAGCUCAUGA